UUGGAUGGAGUCGUCGCGCUGGCCUGGCAUUGUGAUCAAUGCGCCACGACUCGAUCGAGCAGUGCGAUGAGGUAUUCUUCUAGAAAAUCCCGUUAGAUGCUACAGAGAGAGCGACGAGAUCCAUCAAUGGGCUUGGUAUGGGAGGAUUUGCCCGAUCUCCACUCGGCCCAGGCCGCAUUCCUCGAGCUCUAUCCGGAGUACCAAGCAACCUGCGCUAUCGACAGCCUCAGGAGGACGGAGUAUCCCCACCUGGACGAAGAUCGCCACGCUUGCUUCGACUAUGGCGGGAUUGGGAUCUUUUCCUCGCGCGAGCACCAAAACUUCGCGCUGGCUUAUGCGCCGACAAGCCUCGUCUCUCACGCGCUCUACGAGGACUCCCGCUCGAUCGAAGGGACGAUGCGAGCCAGGAUCUUAGCUCACCUCGGGCUGGACGAGCGGGACUACUCCAUCGUCUUCGCGGCGGAUUCUUGCUCGGCGCUGCGGCUCUUGGUCGAUUCUUUCCACUUUGGCCGGAUUCUCCUCGGCUAUGACUUUAAGAACGAAGGCUUAAGCAGGAUCGAAGAGAGCGCUCGCGCUACCGGUGCCAAGGUUGUGCAUGCCACUCUUUCCAGCACCGGUUUUGGCAUCGAUCGAAGGAGCCUGCAAAGGAAACUUAAGAAGCACAAGCGGGAAUUCAAGGGGCUGUUCGCGUAUCCGAUAGUUUCCAGGGUGACAGGAACCAAGAACUCGGUAGAGUGGAUCAAGGAAGCUCGGGAUAAUGGCUGGUGCGUUCUUCUCGACGUCUCUGGGAUUGGAGCUGCGAGCUCGUCCAUGGACUUAGCAGGAUUAUCUCCAGAUUUUCUCGUUGGCUCCUUCUACAAAGUGUUUGGGAUGGAUCCAACGGGCUUUGGAUGCCUCGUCGUGAAAAAAUCCAUGCUGGGCGAUUGCUCUGGAGGCCGUGCUGCCGGGAUGGUGAAAGUUGUGAAAGCUCAUAGCAGUUUUCUCCAAAUUCCAGAGAGCUUUAAGCAGAAAUCCGAGAGCUACGACGCAGCAGCGAGCUUGAGCUCUAGAAAAGACAAUGGAAUGAAUCCACAGCGGAGGCUGGAAGUUGCCAAGCCAAAGCCGCUCAAAGAAUCCGUCAGUCCGUCGGUAAAGUUGACGAGAUCAUCCGAGUUCCAAGCAACGAGAUACUACUACUCUACGUCGAGAGCUUCCAGCUUCCAUGGCCUCCAUCACGCCGAGAAGCUGGCCGAGCUCGCAAGCAUGAGACAGGACUCGCUACUCGGCUGGCUGAGAGCUUCGCUGCUGCUACUCCGGCAUCCAUCGCCGGGCCGUCCAGGACUCGUUACCUUCCACAGCCCCGAGGACUCCGGCCCGGCUCUAGCCUUCAGCCUCUCGGACAACUCCGGCGAGUUCUUGGAUCCGGAGCUCGUCCAGAGGCUCGCAAAUAGGUCCAACAUCUCUCUGGGGACUGGAGCGAUCCAAGCUCGGCCAGCAGCGAUGGAGGAAAACUCCUACUUUUGCGUGAGAAAGCUGGAGGCCUCGUCCUCAAGCGUCCAGAGCGUUCUCUGUGCGACGCUGGGACUUGUCACAACUUUCGGGGACGUGUUUCAGCUUUGGGAGUUUGUAGCACAGUUUUUGGAUCCGGGGUUUUGCUCGAGGGAGCUACUCCAGUACCAGGGACUCGACCAGGAGACAGUUUUUCUAUAGCUCUGGUAAAUGAAAUUUUUUUCUUCGUUUCCAAAGG